AAGAAACAUUUUUGAAUAUUCUACAUUUCUAUGCAUAGCACCCUUAAUGCCUUUGUUCUUCUCGUUGACCCAAAGGCAAAACAAAUUCCACAGUUUAGUUUCCUUUAUCGGCCAAAACACGGCGCACGCGCUUUCACUCAGAAAAUGAAAAAAGUCUAAUAAUAAUAAUCUUCUCUUUUAGAGUCUCCUUUCGUCUUCAGCUUCUUCCGGUUAUUUUUUUCUGCUAAUAAUCUGUAAAUCUCGGGUUCAGAUCAAAACUCGAUUUCAUCAUCUUCUGCGUUCUUCCUGCUCAGCUCUUCCACAUAUUGUUUCUUGUCUUCUCGAGUUUUUCUUACUCUUUCGAUGAAUGAGAACCGGAGAUCCAUUCGAUCUAUGCUCAAAAUGCGUUCUCUUGUGGCUUUUGUGGUCUUUCUUUGCUUCGGUUCGUGUUAUUCGCUCAAGGAAGAAGGUGUAGAUUUCAUGAAAAGUGAAGAUAAAUUGGGAAAGGAUCUAUGGUCAGACGAAGAUUCCGCGAUUUGGAAAGCUGUUGGAUUUCACAGGAAAACACUUGUCCGUAGUAAGCAACUCACAUACAACGAUUUGCCUUCAAGAAAAAACCGCCGUGAUGCCGCAACUAUCACACCACCACCAUCAUCGCCGCAGCAACCUUCUCCAAAACGUGUUUCAAGAGUUUCGGAGCCACAAAAGAAAUCAACUACACAACAUGUUUCUCCUACGCCUCCACCAUCUGUGACUCUUGCAAACUCUCCCACUCCAAGAACCUCUGGUUCUUCUUCAGUGGUUGUUCCUGUAGUGGUUGGCUGCGUAGCCGGUGCUGUCUUGCUUCUCCUCGUAGCUACCUGCGUGUUCUACUAUCUCAGAAGUAAAGCAGGAAAACCCGUGAAUCCUUGGCGUACAGGUCUUAGCGGACAACUUCAGAAAGUAUUCGUAACUGGUAUCCCUACUCUCAAAAGAUCUGAGAUUGAAGCUGCAUGUGAAGAUUUUAGUAACGUUAUUGGAUCGUGUCCCAUUGGGAAGCUGUUCAAAGGAACAUUAUCAAGUGGAGUGGAGAUAGCUGUUGCUUCUAUUGCUACUACUUGUUCCAAAGACUGGAAGGACAAUACAGAAAUGCACUUCAGGAAAAAGAUUGAAAUGUUAUCAAAGAUAAACCACAAGAAUUUCGUAAACCUUCUUGGAUUCUGCGAAGAAAAGGAACCUUUCACAAGGAUCUUGAUCUUUGAAUAUGCGCCAAACGGGUCACUCUUUGAGCAUUUACACUAUAAAGAGUCAGAACAUCUGGACUGGGGAAUGCGGUUAAGAAUUGCGAUGGGUUUAGCAUAUUGCCUUGACCAUAUGCACCAACUAAAUCCACCCAUAGCUCACACCAAUCUCGUCUCAUCAUCUCUUCACCUCACAGAGGAUUAUGCUGUGAAAGUAGCUGAUUUCAGUUUCGGUCCAUCAGAGACAGAAACGAGCACCAACACAGUCGAAGAAACACACAUCUCAGCCUCAAACCCACAAGACAACGUUUACAGCUUCGGUUUACUGUUAUUCGAGAUGAUAACCGGAAAACUCCCAGAAUCGGUCAACAAACCCGACUCAGUGGAUACAGGGCUGGUCGAUUUCUUAAGAGGAGAGACUCUAGCCAAGAUGGUAGAUCCAACACUGGAAUCUUAUGAUGACAAGAUUGAGAAUAUAGGUGAAGUGAUCAAAUCAUGCGUGAGGACCGACCCGAAAGAGAGACCUACAAUGCGAGAAGUCAUGGGAUGGUUAAGGGAGAUCACAGGAAUAUCGCAAAAUGAUGCUACACCGAAACUAUCACCUCUUUGGUGGGCUGAAUUGGAGGUUUUGUCCACGGCAUAAGACACAGCCCAUUCACAACAAAGCUGUUUGUAUUUUGAAGAUGUGUGAGUUUUGUAAGUAUCUUUUGUAGUUAAUCUACUCGAAGUGAAAAAAAAAAAAACAAGAGUGAAGUUACUUAUUGCUUUAAUUAGGUAAAUCUAUAAACAUGUAUAGAUAAGUUAGUGUAUAUAUCGGACAGGAAUCUUGUAAAUGAAAAAAAUCUCGCAAAA